GAUUAAAUUUUGGGUAGAAAGGUGUUCCAAUUUUUCUCAGACAUUAUCGCGUGCAUGAUCGAUUAAUUUCAAUUUCACUCUUCAGAGCUUAUUCAUCUGACUCUCAGAGGGAUUUAUAGAAAUACACGUAACGUGCAUUGGAAUACACGUGAGCUUGCCCGAUAUGGAAACUUGAUCCAGAAUAGAAAUACUGUUAUCUCUUCAUUUGUGCCAUUGAGUUUUAGUAUGCGCGUAUAUGUGGAUAUGAAAUAUUGGAAAUAAGAUCUACAUAAUUGGUAAGGAUAAAUACGAUACAUUUAUUCUAUCUUAACUGUUUCAGAUAUCGCGAAAAUUUACUGGAAGGAUUAAUUCGCAGGCUUAAGAGCGUGAGAUUUCAGUAAGUUCAUACGUACUGAUAAGGUUACUCAAGAGAUUGAAAAAAUGAGUUAACUCUUUUAAGUGGCUGACUGACGUAACCGUAUGGUGACGGUGAUGUUCAAGCCAUAAACAUGACCGCUGCAUCUACAUCUCCAUAAUGCCUGACGCAAUAUCUAGAAUUACUUGAAUCUGUCAAUCGUACCGUUGUGAUUUCAGGCACGCAGUCGUCAGCCCACCCCAAAUUGCAAUUCCGCGAAUUGCAGCAUUCCCGGUGUACCUUUCAAAGCAUCAGGAAUGCACAAAUGAAUCGCCGUCAUAGUGGUUUGAACGUAGCAUCCCGCCGUCACCCGCGAAAACACGGCGCGCGUAUUUAUGCGAUGAAAAAAGUCAAAUAAAAAUCAUGCUUUGAUGUCACGAGCGUACGAGGGAUAUUCUUUUAAUUCCAAUAUUAAACGUGCGAUAUGUAAACAUCGUAAUUAUAUUAGCGCGACAAGCGCGCAGUAACUUAAAAGUUAUAACAUAUGGUUUAAUAAUUUCAUCGUCGUCAUCUAUUAUAAGAAAUGUGUCACUAUUUACAUUUGCCGCGUGAUACAAGACACAUAUAGAAAUAGCCGUACGGAAGAAGGAGAGAAAUGUGGAUUUAUCUAAAUUAUGCAACCGCGAUAGUGACUAAGGGCGUCGUACGGCGUGCAUAAUAGUUAUCACGAAUGUGCAGUCGGUGCAUUUUUCAGAGAUAAACUCGAACAGACGCGGCAGCUCUGACACAUGCGGCACGAUAGUCGGAUUUUCAGAAUGCGUUUUAUAUUUUUCGACCGCGUAUUUUAACACGCUUCCCGUGCCAUGUUGAAUCUUCCCGUGCGAUAAGUCGGUAGGAAUAAUUAAGCUUAAGACCGCGAAAUCUGAUUCGACAGCGGGCAAAUUGCGCUUUUAGCCUCGCGAUAUCUCAUUUAUUCGCUGACAUUUCCUGCUAUUCCUGUUAUUACAUUCUAAUCAACUCCAUUUGGACGUUAGCUCUCCAAAAGAUACUAUCAGACGGAUAGACGUUAAUGCACCCAAUUGGCAGCCUGCCAUUAAACGGAAAUGCUCGUCUGGUAGAUCUCGACUCGAUGAUAUUUUAGAAGUGGGUAUACGCUAAAUUUGAGGUCGUCACGCUCUCGUACUAUUCUUAUGUGUAUCUCAUUAACUGUGCAAAAAUUGAAUUUGUCAAUGACGGAACGAUCGGGUUCUCUCUCAAUUAAUAAGUUAUAAAUAAAUUAUAAAUAAUGAGUAACGUCAUCGAGAUGCAAUCUGAUGAUUAAGCGUAAUUAAGAAUCAGUAGACAGAAAUGUUGAAAGUUUAUGACUGAAUAAUGUUUCCAUAUAGCUUGAUUAAUUCCAGCCUAUGAGCGCCAUAAACAACAAAUGAUCGCCUUUGCAUAUUACGCAAUGUUUUAUAUUCCUCUUUGCAUAACUCGGCGUAUCAUUUAAUCCACUAAGAAUGUAAUAAUAAUUCGCUGAUUCUCGUUUCCGAUAUUAGCAGAAUCCACUGAUAAAGUGCUCUCGGCAUUGAGUAUAGUCUUGGAAACCUUCUCUCACUCUGUUGCAAAGUUAUUACUGGUUAAAUAUGGCUCCAUUUUACGAUAAUGAUAUUGAGCGCAAUGUGUCGAGGCACUUCAGCUUUGUUGACGCGCAGUUUCUCAAACAUUUCGCGAGUAGUCGACGCAACUACGUAGAGUUUGUUCAACAAUUCCUAUAUCGUUGGCGCGCAAUUAUCGCACGCUCUAUGCUUGCUAAGUUCAUAUAUCCUUGAGUCUUAGGACACGGUUUGAUGGUAUUAUGCAAAACGUGAACAGAAAUCAUUAAUUCGUACGGUAUGUAUGAUAAAUCUCGCCAUUUCGAAAUCGUCUUAAUCAAGCUGUAAACAUCCGAUAAAGGAAUGCAGAUUUAAAAAUGCUUUAUGACAUUUUUGCAUAAAAACGUAGGCGACAGAAAUUCUCUAACGUACAAACUAAAAAUAGCUAUUAUUCUGCGAGUCGCUGUACAAAAUGUAUCUUCCGAGAAAUCUUUUCGCGAAUGGCUCCGACAGGCAAUUUGUAAAAUAAGCAGAACAUGCGGAAACGCGAAUAGUCCGCGGGCGUUUCCGUGAAUAAUUGCGCGAAGCCCAUUCGCUUUGGACGAAAUCGGAGUAAGCCUUGACAAAUUCCCCGACAGAUCUGUGGCUCCUUAGGAAAAGGAUCGCGGUAGCGUCCGGCGAUAGGGGAGGCGCGAGAGAGAAUUCCGCUCGUAAGCUCGGAGCGCGCGAAGGUACGCGCCGAGCGGAAUGGAAGCGGCGGCUUCAGUCGGCCGCGAACCUUCGCCGAAGAACGGUCCCCAUCGUCCGGAUCCACGGAUAGCCCGGGUAUACCCUAUCGAUCGCGAUAAAGAUAUCUUCGAUCUCGAGGAAAAGGGGACGAAGGGUGCGAAAACGGACCAGUCGAUUUUUUUUUCUCCUUCUCCGCGCGACUCCGCGGAUGUAUGAAGUGACGAUUACCAAUGUGUGAAAUCGAAAGCGAGGCGAGGUUCAGGGAACGAGAAUGAGGACGAUCCUACAUGCAUAUUGCAACUUCUGUAUCGAGCAUCUCGGCGAAUAAACGACGUGUGGAGUAGACAUGUGGAAGUGUUGGGUCCUGUUUCUGUGCGUCGCAGGUUUAUCCUCGGCUAUUUUGGAAUCGCCAGACUACAAUAUUAGUCCCUUGACUAAUCAAUCCGUAACACUGCGACAGCACGAACCUGUGAGACGAUUCGCGUGUCCCGUGGGAUUCUUUCGAUUGAAACGCUUCUGUUACUAUCUCAGCGCCGGCACGGCACCAUGGAGGGAUGCGUACUUUCACUGCAAGGACAGAAAUGCCACUCUGGCAAUAUUGGACAGAAAUGGAAAAGACAAGAUGCUGAGAAAGUAUCUGAUGGGAGAUCAGUUUACAAAAUUGGAGCGAUGGAUCGGUGGAAUUUUCAACUGGGAACAGAUGACCUGGGAGUGGGGUGUAACAGGUGAAAAGAUGGUUUUCCAGAGUUUCGGGAAAAUGGAACCUACCGGAAGAUCCAAGAAGUAUGCGUGGCAUUGCAUCAUAAUGGAUCCCGCAUUGAAAUAUAAGUGGAGCGCAAGGAGUUGCGUAGAACGGAAGCAUUAUAUAUGCGAAGUGCCCGCCGGUCGUUUAGCCAGUAGACGCAAGAAGUCAGAUCCCUUCGCGCCGCAAAACCAAAGAUUAAAGCCCAGAAAGAAGGGCAAGAAGUACGUAGACGGACAGAGGAAAAACGAAAGAAAAAAGAAUCGAGAACACUUGAGAAGAAAUUGGUUGGAUCAAGGAGAGAAUCAACAAUGGGCCCAUGGUGUCAAACCGGGAUCGCGACCACCUUCUAAUGUAAAGCUAAUGCAGCACAGAGAGCGCACGCGGCAUCGCGCGAAUAGAACCCGUUUGCAAACAGCUGCACCAAGGGUUGCUCAAAUAUUGCCCCAAGGACGAGAGUACGGCGCUUUUCUAGCUAACGGAUAUAGUGGCCAUCAACUUAAAAAUUUAGCGGAUAUGAACGACGUUUUUUCGCAAUUUCACAAUAAAAUAAACGACUUUGCGCGGGAAGAGGUUUUGUUAAAGCCGUGAAGAAAAACUUGAAUAAUUAUACCGAUAAUUAGUUUUAAUGGUUGCCUCGAUUUACUGCUACUUUGUUACGUAAUAUACGCAGCUCUAAGAGGGAAAAUCAUUUAAACUUUUAUUACACAACGAUACAGUUAAACUGCCAAUAUUAUUUUAUUAUAACAUACUAUAUACAUAGUUGUGGCUGUUAUUGAAAAUUAAUUUUACGUAAAAAAUUAUUUACGACUAAGGUUCAUCUUCAAAUAAAUUCCUUUUAAAAUUCCUCUGCCUGAAUAUUCGCAAUUUCUGAAUAGAAAAGCUAUUAAUGUAUUAUUAUAAUUAUCCAAAUAUUAUAGCCAUCGCAUUCGCGAUACUGUUACUGACAUCUAAAUAUUCGCUGUGUACUUAUCUAUAUUGUAAUCAUUACAAAAAAUUAAUCAUCGUCUCUCUAUAACUAUCAUCUACUUCGGCGAUUAUUUUGCUAAGCAAUGUCUUGCACAAUUAAUUGUAAUUAAUUGUAAAGCGUGAAUAAUCCGUGUACACAUUAAGAAAAAAAUGUUGUUAAUUUGACUAAAUUUUUCAACUUGAUUAAAUUUCUUCAAUUCAAGCAUUUAAUGCAUUUAUCUUAAAUACAUAAUAUAUUUGAAUUUCAAUUUAAGUAUUCAUAUAUUUGACUGAAGUACAUAAAUACUUGAAAUGAAGAAAUUUAAUCAAGUUGCAAAGUUUAGUCAAAUUAAUAACUUUUUUUUAGUGCAAUAAAACACCGUUUAUCCAAACACAUUAGAUGAUAAAACAGUUUUGAUAACCGAGGUUCUUAUAUUAGAAAUUUAGCUCCCCUCUUAGUACUUCUUAGUUUCAAUAAUAGAGGAUGAAGACCGUUCAAAAAACCGAAGUUAAGUUCUUAUUAUCUAAAUAGUUCGAAUAAUAGAAGCUCAGCUAUAAGUUCGUAUAUUUGCAUAAAUGGAAUACGGAUAAACGGAGUUCUAUUGUAUCGAUAAAAAAUUUCAUGUCGAUGCUUGUCACAAUUUCGCGCGGCAAAGGGCGAAUUAAAUAAUCAAUCACUAUUACUCAGUAAUUAAUUAAAUUAUAUUAGCUCAUUUACGCUAAUCAUAGUGAGUAGUUUUUAUAUAUAAAUGAAUCGCCGUCAGAUAGUCAAAAAGCAAGGUAAAUCUCUUUUUGCUGUAUCUUUAUUUUUUAAUCCACUUUUGUGUUCGUUAUUUUUUUUUCAUCGCUUCGUUUGUAAAUAUGUCAAUAUAGGACCAUCGAUAUGUAUACUCUCUGUAUUUAACGAUGUAUAAUAAAAUACUGAUAUACCAAU